GGAGGUGGCCCCGCUGGAGGCAUCCUGUCCUUCACCCUUUCCUUCAGGGAGGUCACCUGGUCCUGGGCGCUGGAGGCUUUGAGGUGGGAGAUCUGAAGAGGGAGCUUCUGCCCUGGUCGGCCACCGUGGUCUCCAUCUCUUCACCAUGGGGCAGAAGGCGCUUUGGGGUGCCCUGGAGUACACCUGCCGGUUGCUGGGCAUCUCCACCGCAGCAGUGCUGAUCGGCGUGGGCGUGGAAACCCUGCAGCGAGGACAGUUCAAAAGCCUGGCUUUCUAUCUGCUUUUUUCAGGGGUUGCAGUUACUGUCUGUGAAGGCUUCUUCUUUAUCAGUUUGUUCCUGGAGAUGUGCUUCACAUACAAGCCCGACUCCCUGGCACAGGCCUGCUGGAAGCGAGCAAGACGUCCAGGGAGCUUCCAGAAAUUCCUAGGGUACACACUCCUGUCGGUGGCUUGUUUCCUGCAUCCUGUCCUUGUCUGGCAUGUCACCAUCCCUGGGUCCAUGCUGGUGCUCACUGCCCUGGCCUAUUUCUUGCUGAGCAAGAGGAGGAAGAGCCCAGAGCACAAAGAGACACAUCCUCAGGUGGGCCAGUAUGUGGACCCUUCGGCCACCAUGGCAGCCCCAACCGUCGCUGGUGACACUGAGCAGACCUACACCUUCCAUGGGGCCCAGAGGGAGCAGCACCGUUCGCUGCUGGGCCACAUGAAGAGCAUCCUGAAGGGUAGCAAGGACAAGAGCCUGGCUCCAGCAGCUCCUGCCCAACCAGAAGCCCCACCAGCCCCACGCAAGCAAGUGCACUUCCAGGAGAAGGUGGUGCAGAUCAUCCCCUCGGUCAGUGAGAGCUUGGAGGACUUGGAGAGUGAGGCUGAGGAGACCACAUCAGACACAACACCCAUCCUCACCCCACCUGAUGCCCCCGUCAUCCUCGCUCCCCUCAGCUCCACAGGCCUCUUCUGAGUCCUCAGCAGGAAGAAGGACAGGGUAGACAUGCUACCCCUGCUGCUGGCAUCUUUCCCUGACGCUCUAUCAGCUGAGGAGUCCCAAGAGGUGGCCCUCCUUGCCCCUCCUGUUUCCAGGGUGACCACUGUGUCCCUCCCUUUCCAAGGGGCUGUCCACACUACGUGGUCCCAUGCCUUGUGACAGGGCCGGUGGAUGUUCCCAGCCCCUGCAAUACCAUGGCCAGGGUGGUGGUUUGGCCAAGGUGGUGCCAGGACAGUGAGUUUUCUACUCCCAUGGCCUCACGUGUGGGUCACAGCACAUCACAGCAUCUCCUCCUGCCUACCAUCAUGAGUGUGGUGUGGACUUCCCACUGGGCAGCAGCAGGCAGGAAGAGAGGAGACUUCCACAUCCCCAGAGCAGCCUCCACCAUGGGCAGUUGUCUCCCUCCUGCCCUCACUGCACGUGGAAGAUGAUGGGACACAUCCAGCACAGGGCACCACAGGUUCCCUCACAACACCUGCACUGGCUGCAGCAGGCCCAGGGCAUCCAAAACUUCAUUUCAGAGGGGGGCUGAAACCAAGCACACCUCCCCUGGGACUCACACCCACGAAGUGCCCUCCCCGGAGACACGAUCACCUCUGACUUUGGGGACACCUAUGCAGGAGCAGGGAGGACCUUGGGGUUUCCUGGUUUUCCCUGCCCACACAGCCCUCUUGCAUUAGAAGAGCUUUGGAAUGAUGUAGCAGCUCAGGUCAUGAGGUUCAGCACCACAUUGGCACAGCAGACCAUGUGUAACUCCCUGAUUUCCUUAAUUAUGGGCCCCAGAGAGCAAAGGCAAUAAUAAAGUUACAAUUCUGUCCCCUCCAUGCCAGCUCUUCCCUGAACCCUUCACCUCUGGCUUAAUCCUACCACAUAUUCUUCCCUUUGAGGACCAUCCACCUAUAAUCCGGCAUUAUUCUCCUGCUCAACUCAUCCCCUUGGCACUCUCCCACCUGAGGACUAAGACUCUCUGCUUCCAGCUGGCAAAUGUUGUCUGUGCCUGCAGAUACCACCACCAAGACCUUCAUCAUCGGCGUCAGGCCCCUCUUUGGGCUGCACAAGGGAAAGAGCUCGGGUGGCUGGGUGUUCUUGGACAUGGCACAUGAGGCCACACUGUCACCACUGCUGGGUUGAAGAGGUGUCACCGCUCUGAGCCCAGACACACAGCACUGGGGUGAGGUGGUGGGAAGGAGAGAAGACUCCUGAAACCUCCUUAGACUAUUUAUAAAGUGGAAGCCAGUGGGGCUGGCUGUUUUUCUUGGAAAUACAUUAUUUCUUCUUUUUAAAAUCUCAGCUCUCUGAGUCACAAUUGUAGAGUCAUAGAAUGGUUAGAGUUGGAAGGGACCUUAAAGAUGAUUGAGUUCCAAACCCCCUGCCCUGGGCAGGGACACCUCCCACCAGAUCAGGUUGCUCGAUCACCUUGUUCAUAGGUUGCAGAGCGAAAAUGUGA